GCCACAGGACAAACACUUUACGCCAUCUUUCUCGACAAGAUACACCCGGACGCCCUCCUCACAGCGUUGUCACGCUACGGCGUCCCACCACAUCUCACAGCCCUCAUCAACAACAUCUACACCUCACCACAAUUCACAGUGGCGGCGGCUGGGAAGCAAAGCACCAGGGAGGAAGCCAGCGCGGGCAUUCGUCAAGGAUGCCCGCUCUCACCAUACCUGUUUCUCAUAGUUCACGGUAUGGUUAUGCACGAUGUGGACCGGGAACUCACAGCUCACGGCGGGUCUCUUCCAUGGCUGUACAGCCAAAACCAGCCCUUCUACGACCUUGCUUAUGCGGACGACACAGCGCUCAUCGCAAGCACAGCUCACAGAGCAGAACAGCUGCUCCACAUCCUGCAGCGGAUUGCGGCUCACAGCAACUUCCACCUGAACCUCAAGAAGUGCGCCCGCAAGCACUUCAACUCUCUGCACCAGUUCUGGCGCAACACCGACCUCACACUGAAGUGGAAGUUACGCAUUUACAAUGCGGUCUUCAUUCCGCUCGUAACAUACGGGUUGGAAUCAGCAGCGCUCACAAAAGGCGAUCUCAACAGACUCGAAGCUUUCCACUCACAGAGUCUUCGAAAGAUCCUCCAUUUCAAAAGCACUUACUACACGGAGGUGCUCAACCCCACAGCCCGCACAUACACCAACCAAGAGGUGGUAUGGUUGGUGCUGGCCUUAGGCCAGGCAGGAGGAGAGGUCAAUGGACAGAACAGUGCACUACAAUUCUUUGGCACUGGCUUUUAA